AUGGGUGGUUAUUCUGAUAAUCAAUAUGCACAAGCUACAGGAAGUUUAAUUGUCAAUGAUAUAAAUACAGAUAUAAAUUUGAUCCAAGAUCCAGAAGCUGCUCAAAUUGUACUUACUGCUGAUUGGAAAGAGUUAGUUAUUGGAGUUAAUGUUACUAAUUAUUUAGUUCCAUCUCAAGAAUUGUAUGAUAGAUUGAUUGAUAAAGCUGGUUCGUAUGAAAUUCUUGUAUCAAAUCCUUACUUUGAAGAUAUUCUUACAUUUGUAGGUACUGCAAAUUACUCUGAGAAUAACGAUCAACAGACAUUACCAUUAAGGGAUGAAGUUGUUUCUGCAUUUAUGUCAUUUCCUGAUUUAAUUAAAUCUAGUAUGAAAGUAUUUGUUGCUGCCGAUACUUCAUUUUAUUCUCCAUUUUAUUGA